CCAGAUUUACAAUGCAAUCACGGUAAAACUAUAUAACGUUCCUCUUGUUUUCUCCAUUUUGGAGCGAUGUCCUCACAGGAUAUCCUGAAGGCUGAAGAAUGUGGAGCUUCUAGAUUGAAUUGAAGAGGUCUCGAGAAGACGGUGAUGUGGCUCUGUGGUAACAGCUGAUCAUGAAGACCACGGCUUCGAUCUCCAACGGAUCUCUGCAGCCAGAUGCUCAUAACCACAGCACACCGCACAGCUGCAGCAUCGACGAGUCCUACAAGUACAUCAUCUUGCCUCUAUGCUACUCCUUGACCUUCUUGCUCAGCCUCGUCCUGAACUCCACAGUCCUCCUGCGCUCUCGCCGAAGCGGCCGCCAGUGGAACACUUCGCUGAUCUACAUGGUCAAUCUGGCCUCCACGGAUCUGAUGUACAGCUUCUCGCUGCCCUUCCUCGUGGCCAGUUAUGUGAUGCGUGACCACUGGGUUUUUGGGGACUUCAUGUGCAGGCUGGUGCGUUUCUUGUUUUACUUCAACCUGUACUGCAGCAUCUUCUUCCUCACCUGUAUAUCCGUCCAUCGCUACAUGGGAAUCUGUCAUCCGAUCAGAAACAUUGCUUUGGAGAGCAAGCGGGCGGUUAGGGGCAUCUGCGCAACUGUUUGGGUCAUAGUGUUCAUCCUUACAUGCCCGAUCGUCCGGUUUGCUAAAACAGGGGACGUUUUGAGGAAAAUCGAAGGAACCGAUUCGUGGUCGGAAAGUAGUGGAGAUGCUGGAAGAGUAGAGGUGGAGGUAUAUAGGAAUUGUUGGGAUGACGCAAUCGAUAGUGAGUUUUCAGAAUACGUGCCUUAUGGAAUCGUUCUACACCUUCUGGGCUUCUUCUUCCCUUUUAUCGUCAUUGCAUGGUGUUACUCGCAGGUGGUGCGGACCAUCUUUCAAACGCUUCACUCCCAGCCACAGGUGCAAGAGGAAGGGGGAAUGUGCGGCGGGGUCGAAGGGGUCAAAGACAGGACAUCCGUGUCCAUCUCCGGCUCUCAACAUGCGCCGUACCUCAACACGCGGCGCAAGUCCAUUAAAACCAUCAUCACCAUCACCAUCCUGUUCGCGCUGUGCUUCCUGCCCUUCCACAUCACACGCACGCUCUUCCUCGUCCUCAAGGAAACCAAGGCCGUCGAGUGCCAAACCAUGCGGAUGGUUUCCAUUUGCUACAAGAUCACUCGGCCGCUGGCUUCCUGCAAUUCCUGGCUCAAUGCACUCCUUUAUUUCUUAACAGGAGACAAAAGCUUAGCUUGCUGUGGACGGACCAGCGCCGGUCACAACACCCACCUGCUCUGGCCUUUACAGAUUCUUGGAGGACAGAAAGAGGCUGAGGAUCAAGAGCAAGGCAAUUCGCAUAAAGCAGAGGAAGAUCAUGAAAGUGACUCGAAAUCUUCAGGAAUGACAUAGAUGAGGCCGGGAGUGCACAGUCUCUGUGGGACAGACCUACUUUUAACGUUCCAGAUUUCAUAUUAUUUAUUAUUCAGUCAUGCUACUGAGCAAUUUCAAACAAUCUUGUGUAUUGCUGUAUGUUUUAUGCUAGUUUGUGACCAAGUGUCUCUUUUAAACGUCAUGUUUUUGGAGUUGUUGUGUAAAAAAAAAAAAAAAAGAAAUGAAGCGGUAAAUAAUACUUAAAUAAUAAUUUAUGAAAGUAUGAAACUGGCAUUUCUUAUGUUCAAAAUAAGUUAUUUAUUGCUGACUGACUAGAAGUAAAGUACAGUCAACAGGCCAAAAUAAUAUACAAAAGAAACAGGAAGCAAAAGUUACUAAUUGACAUCUUGUGACAAUUAAACCGAUUUGCUCACACUAUUAGUAAGACUAAUGUGACCUGUGUGCUGUCGAGAUCCUGAAACUGUCGAACUGCACAUACUUUCACAAUUUAAUAAAGAUCUUGUAGUGAAUGAAAACUCAUUUGAAUGUAUCUUAAAACUAAAAAGCAAACUUUAUCCAAAUUA